GAAUACACAGUGGUUCACCUUCGGCGGUCGCUGUCGUUCACUUGCCAAGAAACACACAGCUUUCCUGCUCUUCUCUUUUUCUUUUUGGCGUUUAUGUACAUGUCACGGACGCAAAUUUUAGUUUUGCCGUAAGUAUUGUUCUUUCUUUUUUCUUCUGCUGCUGUUGUUUCUCUUCAAACUGCUGUGUUAACGUCGUGGCUGGCGUCGUUGUGUUCUUUCACUCAACGCACAAGCAAACGCGUUCACUCUCUUCCAAACGGCGUUAAAGUGAAGCGCACACACAGCUAUAGGUGAAAACUAUUCUUAAUCUUAUUUCUAUUAGUGGAGCCCCGCCCCUCUCUUUCCCUCUCAUUUAUUUCUUUGCAUUGCGUUUGGCAGUUGUGUCUUGAUCUUUUUCUCUUUGUGUGUUUUGUGCCUAAAUCGGUGUGACUUCCUGGUCCCGCAAACGGAGGCUAAGAUGUCUGGUCAGCAGACGUCAGCGCCAGUGGCGGCAGCACCAGCGGCGAGGAACGCCACGGCAGCCGCGCCGACGCGCAAGUCGGAAGGGAAUGCAGCGGCCAUUAAGACUUCGCACAUUACUUGUUUUGCGUGCUCGCGUUGCGAGUACCCAAUUUGCGACAGCAACGACUUGCUCCUGCGCAAGGUGCGUCAAGGUGCCAGCGACUACGCCUUCCAGUACGACCUCGAUGGUUUGUUGGACCUGGAGGAAAAGGCGGUGCCGUGCUACAGUGCAGCGGAAGUGGUGCACACGUCUGUCGUCGUUUCGGAGGCGCUCAUGAAGGUGCCGCUACCUCCUGCGGCGCAGGUGGUGGCGCUGGAGUCGAUCGUGCAGUCGAGGAAGUUUUGGGUGCAGCAGCGGCGCAGCAUGAACGCACGUCUGCAUGAGCAUGGGGUGGCCCUGCUGUCCGGCACCGGCACCGCCACCACGGAAAGCUCAGCGCAAACGGCCACGGCCGGUGCGGGUGGCGGGAUGAUCCCCGCGUCCGCCUCGAUCAAUGAUAGCGCGACCGCCACCACAACGGCGGAGACUGCUUCGGACGGCCCCAUUGUUCGCCGUUACGGUGGCAGCACAGAAAGCCGCAUCGACCUGGUCUGCGUGCGGGACAGCGUGUUAGAGACGGGAGUGCAGGAGUGUACGCAGGAUCGCAGCGCCGCCGCCACGACGCUCGACAGCAGCCCCAACGCCACCAACUCCUCCCAGACGAAAACGCGCGAGGGCGAUGCGCACUCGCCGGGGAGCACGGCGCCCACGGUGAUUCACGAUCCCAGCUUCGCGCACGUGCCGGCGGACGUGCUGAAGGCCGCCACCGCGUCGGCUGCCAAGACGCAAUGGAGCUCGCCAGGGAACAUGUCGCUGCGGGAGGCGUACAUGGAGGUAAACCGCACCACCCUCUCGUCGCGGGCACAGUGGUUUCACGACUACCGCUGCGUGGGCCGCGUGCAGUGCCCCGACUGCCACCAGGCCCUCGGCUUUGUGUUUCGCGCGGCGGAGUCAACGAAGACGAGUCCGGCAGCGGCGGCGGCAACAGCCGCAAUAGCAACAACAUCCGUGCCAGCAGUGGCCGCCACCGCCGGCAUCGAUGCGCCACCUCCGCCGACGCAGGGCGUCAAGCGUCCGGCCACAGCGCACGACCGCGACGGCGAGGACGGAACGGAGGCAGACGGGAGAGGCGUGGCGGCGUCGGUGUCCACCUCCGUCCUUGUAAGUCCGGAAAGGCGAGAGGUCCGCGGGGCGAUCGGUGGCACCGUAGACGCCAACGCUGUCGAGGACCGCCACGGCCUCGUCACCGCGGGCCACGCAGAGGUCGACGGUGCACGGCUGCCGCACGCGAAGAAGACGAAGAACGAGAACGAUGCCCAGGCCGCCGCCACCGCGACCGCCCGACGCGGAUUUCAAGAAGUCAUGCAGCGACAGCAACGCCUGCGCAGUGGUGACGCGGUGGCCGGUGGGCGUGCAAGUGGCGAAGGGGACAGCUCCAGCGGCUCCGAGCGUGGAGAGGGCACUCCGCGGUCGGGUGACACGGAGGGCGAGAUGGACGCACCGCCGCGCUUUGUCGGGCUCGAGCUGAAGCGCAUUGUGCAGCGGGAUUGGGACCUUCGCUCCUUCCAGAACCGCUACAGCAAGUCCCGCGAACUGUCUACCUUUCGUGAGCUCUUCCCCGAGGCAGAGGAGCUGCAGAGUCUGUACAGUCGCCUGCUCGGUCUGCGCACGCAGACGGAGCUCUACAACAGCCUCCUUCGCCGGCACAAGGAGCAGAACGACGUGCAGAUGGCCCUGCUGAACAGCAACAAGGACCGCAUGCACACCUACGACGAGAAGAUAAAAACGAUGCAGCAAAUCAUCGAGGCGCAGCGAGCCCAGAUUGAGAUGCAGACGCGCCAAAUCCGCAACCAGGAGGAACUCGUGCAGAGCCACCGCCGGCAAUUUGCGACGCAGCAGCGGCAGAUGGACGUGGAGCAGCUGCUGCUGAGUCAGCAGAGCAAAACGAUCGACUCGCAGAAGGAGCAGCUGCGUCUCCUCAAGCUACACUUUCAGACCGUUCGACCAGAGGUGUUGGCGGGGCUGCACCAGGCCAGAAAUGUGCCGCCGUCGUCGUCGCUGCUGGACGCGGAAGCGGAUGCGGAUUUAGAAGUGUCACAAGGAGGAGCACGCACAGCAGCAGUAGCGGCGCGUAGAAUGCGAAAAGAGGACAGCGCGGAAGAAGACUGGGCAGACACCGAAGACGAGGACGAGGAAGAAGAAAAGAACAGCAGCGCUGUAGGAGAGCGAGAAUCGCCCCCGAGCACAACGAAUAUCCACCGCAGCAUGCCACCUGCACAUUUGUGUAGUGUGCCCUCGUCGUACGCUGCUCGCCACGCACGUAGCACCGAAUCUGCAGACGAGGCGUCGCACAGCUCAUCCCCCCCAGAGUGA